AUGGGCUCAGUGCUCUCGACUAUUAGAAACUCAAUUACCCAACAAAGUCAAGUUGUUGCAUGGUGUUCAUUGUUCUUCACUAGUCUUACGGGCAUCGCGCUGUUAAGUUCGUAUUCACCACGAGUCAGAGUUAUUCUGAAAAGAUGGAUUCGAAUUCAAGUUCGACAAUGGUUAAUGGAUCCGUAUAUGAAAGGAUCGAAUACGGAUGCUUUCGUGUCUUACUAUCGAAAGGUUUUGUGCCAUCAGCAGAAGAUUAACAAUGAUCUAUUAGAGAAUAUCUUACGAAAUAAUCACUCAUGUGCAUUCUUUCGCGAUCGAUCCAUUGCAUUUUCAUGCUCGAAAGGUGAACCAAACACUUUAGUCGAUGAAUUCCGUGAAAAAGUCCCAUUAACAACGUACAGCGACUAUCGUGACUAUUUCGAACAAACAGUUCUCCAUGGUGCGACAAAUCAAGUUGUUUCAGAUCGUAUUAUUUAUUUUGCCUUAAGUUCUGGAACUACCGGAAAACCCAAAACUAUUCCAAUAACUAAAAAGAUCAUUGAAAAAUAUUUUACACUAGCCCGCAUAUCGCCAUCCGUCAUAUGGCGAUCUCUUCCAAACGCGUCAUAUCCUGUACCUGAACAACGAUCAUUUGUUUUAUUAAGUGGACAACAAGCAAAAUCAUUUUUAAGAUCAAAAGAUGGAACACCCAUGGGCGCACUCAGUCAAAUACUUUCCGUUGUUUCACCAUUUCCCGGAGUACGAUUAAUUGCAUCGAAUUUCAGUGUAAUUGCUCUCGAUCUAGUUGAAAGAAUACCUGACUUUUAUACGAACUUAUUUGUUCAACUAGUUUUCGCUUUAGCCAUUCCAGAUCUAUUCUCCUAUACGGUUACAUUUGCUCCAGAAUUUAUUCAUACGAUUAACCUAAUUGAAACUUCCCGAGAAGAAAUGGCUUUAUGCAUUGCUUCAGCUAGUUUCAAUUCGAGUGUUAUUGUUCAAAGCAAAAUUCAUGAUCGUCAAUUGAUCAAGCGUCUAAAUCGAGCUUUGUAUGAAACACUUCUAGAAUAUGGCGGAACGACCUAUCAAUCAGAGCGCGCGAAACAUAUUCGAAAAGUCUGUAUGGAAAGAAAGGAACCCGGCCUGCUUCACCGUCUUUGGCCCAAGCUGAUAUAUGCAACAACUGCUCUGAGUGGCAGCUUUUCCAGUUACAAGCAACAAGCUCAAUUCUAUUGUGGAGAUAAAAUAGUCCUCACCAAUUUGACAGUUUACAGUGCUAGUGAAGGAUAUCUUGGUACUAUUGCCAGUAUUCAUACGGAUGAAUAUGUUCUGUCACCGACAACGGUCUUCUUUGAGUUCAUUCGAGAAGAAGACGUACAUCAGACUCAACCAAAAACUUGUCUUCUUUCUGAAAUUGAACCUGGUUGUCGGUAUGAACUGGUAUGCACGACAGAAGCCGGUUUAGUUCGAUAUCGCAUGGGAGAUAUAAUUGAAUGUACACGAUUUUUAACACGUGCAGAUGAUUUAGUUCCAUUGCCAAGUGAAUUGCAUCAAAUUCCACGAAUUCCACUCAUUUCCGUUGCAUACAGAAUGGGAAAUCUCUUAGAUAUCAUCGGUGAGAAAACCACCGAACAGAAUUUGAUUGACACAAUCGCAAAAACCGUCGACGAAUGGAGACAACAAGGUAUCAUUGCAGAUAUUAUUGAUUUUACUUCAUAUCCAAAGUUGGAUGCAUUUCCGCCGUGUUACAUCUUCUUUUUCGAAUUGGGCGACGAUCAACUAUAUGAAACUCUGCAGCUUACUGUCGACAAGCUCGUUGAUCAAUAUCUUCGGCAAUUUAAUUUUGUCUACGAUCGUGCUCGCGAUGCAACAUACAUCGCCUGUGCGAAAUGCAAUUUCGUUCGCAACGGAACUUUUUCCACCUUUAUACACGAAAAAUUACUUACCGCCCAUGCAAGCCCUAUUCAAGUGAAACCACACCGACUAUUGAAAACUGAACAGCACAUUCAGUAUUUCCAUGCUAAUUGUUUAGGUCAAUGA